AUGGGAAAUUACACCUAUUCGGUGCCAGUGGAUGAUGCGGUUGAGGUUCCAGUAGGUCGUCAAAAUGUGAGGCCGAGGGUGGAGGAUCGGGAUCCUAGAGAUGCAUAUGUGGGUGACGAGCUACCUAUGGAUCCAUUUCAUGUUAUGGCUAAACAAUAUGGUGAUGAUGUGGGCAGGGGAUUGAAUUUCAUGGAGUAUAGGUUUGAAGCAAUUAUGCAUCAACUCCCAAUCACACCUUCGGUUGGAGCACCUCCCAUUACACUUACAUACCCUCUUGGGAGGAGUGUUGGGCCGAGCAUAGAGGAGGUGCGGCCACUAGUGGAGUUGGAGAUAGAGAUGAUGAGGAAGAAGAAUGAAUAUCCUUGA